GCCAGGACGAAGUGGACAAAAACGUAGAUUUAAAAAGAAGCGAGUCCAUGUGUUUUCGUCAUGUCGCCUCCGUCUGCGAAGAUAAACAGACCAAAAACUGAUUUAGGGAAGAAACUUUUUAAGCGGCGACGAGUUCUGGGUCGAGAGAAAAGAAAGAAGCAUCAGAUCGUUGGUGCUGUGGUCGAUCAGGGCCUCAUCACUGCCCAUCACUUAAAAAAGAGAAGCUCGAGUAAGAGAGCAAACAUUACUCUGUCUGGAAAGAAGAAACAAAAACUCCUCAAACAGCUUCGACACAUGCAGCAGGAGAAGAAUCAAAUGGACGUUGAACCAACGGCGCCACCACAGAAGAAACAUGAGGUGUCGUCUGCUGCUGCCAAGAAGACGAAGGAAAAGAAGACAUCAGGUUGCCAGGGUGACGUAGAGAUGGAUGACGCUGAAUGAUUCAACUUUCAGAGUCAUGAAAUGUUCUGAAGGAGAAACCAGAUCUUUGUUUCCUUCUUUUUAUCCUUUUAGUGAGUCUCCUGUCACAUGUAAAAUAUCACUGCGACUGCAUGUAAGAAAAUGUUUAAUUUCCAUAUUGUGUUGUUUUCUGUUUUCUUACACGCUGAAUCUAUUCCAAGUAAAAUUACAUUGAUUUAAAAGUUGUAUCGAACAAUGUCUGCAAAAUUUUGUGCUAUAAAAUACACAAUCAUAGUAAUAGUUUACACAAAUCUUACUUGCUGUCUGGGUUCUCGGCUCCAAAACAGCUCAGCAGACAAGAGUCCCAUUACAUUUGGACCCCACAGGAUGUGCUGUAGUUUAAUUUCUACACUGUUCACCUCAUUUACAUGAUGAGCUCAAACAAUUAUUUAAAUGCUUGUGGUUUUUGUGGCCCGUAUGAUUGUUCACCAUAAGCAUGUAUUUCCUGUCACUGCUGUCGCGCUCUGAUCGCCUCCUGUCUUUUAUGAUGAAAUAAUCCUGAAUUUAUGUGGAAAUGAUUGUUGUACAAAAGCUUCAGAUAUCUGUCGCUGAGACAGAUGACGACUGGCAGUUUGAAG